AAAUCUACGUAAACGCAGUGAGGUCUUUGCUUUGCAUGCGGUCUGUUUGUGUUCAAAAAGUUACUUUAACUUGAAAUUUUUAGGAAGUGGAAUUCUAAAAUACUGAAGUGCAAUAAAAGGUCACGAUGAAAGAAACACCGUAUUCCAAUAUUGAAAAAAACUUUUUGAAAACAGCUCUUUCUGAACGCAAGCGGCUAGAUGGCAGAUCUUUUGAUGACCGAAGGUCUGUUCGGAUUAAUUUUGGUAAAGAAUAUGGCUGUUGUCAUGUAGCCCUAGGUGACACAAGAGUGCUGGCACAGGUCUCCAGUGAAAUUCAGCAGCCAAAAUCGACCAGACCUAAUGAAGGUCAGGUAUUUGUUAACGUUGAGUUCAGCCCAAUGUCAGCUGAACAUGUUGAACCAGGAAAACCAUCAGAAGCAUGUGUUGAGGUUACAAGAGUACUUGAAAAAUGUAUUAGAGAAUCAAAGUGUGUUGACCUGGAGUCACUCUGUAUAAUUGCUGAGGAGAAGGUGUGGGCGCUACGUGUAGAUCUGACCGUUUUAAAUAUGGAAGGAAAUAUUGUUGAAUGUGCAUCAAUUGCUGCUUUAUCUGCACUUGCUCACUUUAGACGUCCAGAUGUCACAUCAACUGGUGAUAGACUCAUUAUCCAUGAUGCAAGUGAAAAGGAACCACUGCAAACUGCUUUACAUCACUUUCCCAUUUGUUUAACUUAUGCCAUCUUCAAUAAAGGGAAGCAAAUUGUUGCCGAUCCCACAUUGAUAGAAGAGCAAACUGCAGAAGCUAGUUUGAGUGUUGGUAUGAACGCCUACAGAGAGCUGUGUGGUUUGCAUCUAGGUGGUCAGGCAUUAAGUGACCAUCAGUCAAUUCUUAAAAUAGUUCAAAAAGCAGGAGCCUCUGCUGCUGAAAUUGUUCAGCUCAUCAAAAAAGCUCUUGCAGAAGAUGAAGAAGCUAGGACUAAAAAUGAAGUUGUGGGACUAACAGCAUGCAUAAGGGCUGGAAGGAUCACAACUCUAUGUGACCAGCGUAUGAAGAUAAAAAUUAAUUCCCAGUCUAUUCAGGAAGUUGCUGAAAACUUAAUAGCACAGAGGCAACAGAACAAGCACACUAAGUUUGAUGAUGAGGGAAAUGCUGUAGAAUUCACUCCUUCUGAGAAAAUUAUUGUUUCUAUUGGAGAGAACUCUGCAGAGCUACAAGAUGUGGAUGAUGAGAUGGGUGGAGAGACAGAUGAAGAAAUGAAGGAAGAUUUAUCAGACAACAAUGAGAAGAACCAAAGCAACGAGGAGGACAAUGACAGUGAUGACCCUACCUGUGUUGUACAUCUCCCUGCAAAUCGCAGAGAAACAAUAAAGAACCAGCCCAGGGCAUCCGUGAUUCAGACCAAAAUUACAACAAAGAACCAGCAAAGAACAUCCAAGAUUGAACCAGAAAUUACUACAAUUGAUGACUCUGAUGAUGAUGAACUAGAAGUUGUGCAAGAACUCACUAAAGAGGAAAAGGAACGAAUGAAAAAAGUGGAGACCUUAGUUUUGGAUGACAGUGAGGAAGAAGAGACAACAACACUCACAGCUGGAGAGAUAGAAACUCCAACUAAUAACCCAACUCCUGAUUCGAAAAAGAAAAAGAAGAAUAAAAAUAAAAACAAGAAAAAAGGAGAGAGUGGUAGAAGUCAGGAUUCUAAUGCAAGGCAAUGGUAUUCUAAAAAUGCUUGGUAAUAAUAAUGAAAGUUUUGUUAAAUAAAAUUAUUUCUUUUCUUAAAACAUGUAGUCUGUGUUGUGUGAGAUUCAAAUUGGUGAGGUUCAAAAUGAUGCACAACUUAAAUCAGAUCAUGAUUUUGCUUUAUUUUUUUUUUAUAGUUAUGAAAGACUUACAAUUUUAUUCUAUUUCCUCCUCUUAUUCAGAUGACUUGAGAACAUAUUGAGAGGUCUUCUUUGUUGAUUUAAGAAUUAGCUUAGUAAUAAUAUCAUGCUUUUUAUUGACACUGAAGCAAAAUUGCCCAUCUGG